AUGAUGGUCACACCUCAUGAAAUUUCAUCGACUCGGUUGGCACCACUCACAUUUGGUAGUUUCUUACCUCCACAAUUCCAAUCUAUUGUGGAAGAAGAUGAGGACAGUGGAUCGGAGUCGGCAUUACAAGGCUCCUUACACCUGGAGUCAUUUGGAGGGCCAACGACCACCAUGACACCGGCGGUGCGACGCCUUCAGUGCUCCGACUCCUCAGCUCAACCGACUCCACCGGAGCUCACUGACUAUAAAGCCAAUCGAUUACCACAGAAGGGUAAGUCACUCAACUAUGUUCCUCCUACAACUAAGGAUGGGAAAAUCUUCGUUCAUAUAGAUGCGGAGGACAUUAAACCUCAAGAAGACUACAUGAAAACUGCUUUAAUUGGGUAUAUAGUUGGAGAUACGCCUUAUGUGAAAUCACUGGAAGCGUAUGUUGCUAAUACUUGGAAGGGGGUCAAAAAGCCCCAAAUCUUAGCACACGAUGAAGGAUAUUAUAUUUUUAGAUUUGACUCUGUGGAAGAUUGUGAGAAGGUGUUAGAUGCAGGCCCUUACACAUUUCACAAUAAGCCUUUUGUCAUUCAAAAAUGGACCAUUGAUUUCCAGUUUGAUCCGGAUUGCCUCACUACCAUACCCCUAUGGGUAAUAUUUCCUGGACUUCCUGUAGGCUAUUGGUCCAUUGAAGCAUUGAGUAAGGUGGCCAGUGCUAUUGGAAGGCCUAGAUACACAGACACAUUUACUGCAAAAAUGGAGAAAAUAGCCUAUGCCAGGAUAUUGGUAGAUGUGGAUGUCUCUCAACCACUCAGGGAAUCCAUUGAAUUGCAAACACCACAAGAUCUUCUUCAUCAAACUGUUGACUAUGACUGGAAGCCUAAGUUUUGGUGCAAGCUGUAUAAAGUAUGGUCACCUUGA